AUGUCCAUAAGUCAACUUGAAAAGUCGCGCUUUGAGAUCGCAUUGUCCUCCAACCUCAAAAUUCACGAGUAUGGAACGUUUGAUUACGCGGCACCCCUCAAUGGAAGAGCAGUACGCUUGUACAAUAUUUUGAUACCUCGUGAAACUGAGGUACUCUUGAGGAUUCUAUCAUCUCCAAUUCUGCAGACACCCCCUUAUACGCUAUCCUUUACACACGACAAGAGGAUUAUGCGUCAUUUGGGCUUUGUAAAAAAUCUUGUAAAACUCCCAGUUAAUGGUACAGCCUACUCUACCAUCAUUGCUAUACUGCUCAAUAACCAGGCUAUUCUGCAACAUAUCAAGGACGAUUUUAAACCUCAACAGACAUGGCCCACAUAUUUGGAUAAUAUAGCAGCAUACACGAACAUUUGGAAUCAUGUAUGCAAUUUCUUCUCGAUAAAACUAGUGGAUAAACAUGAUCCUGUACGUCAAUAUAGUACUUUUGUACAUGAUAAGUCUGUUAGGGAAAACCAAAACCAUUUAUCGCAGUUAUAUUUGGAUGAAGCUGGAAAUCUUUAUAGGUUUAAAUACAAGCUUAGUUAUGACAAGGGGAGUUUGGAUGAUUUUUCAGCGUUAUUAGGACACUGGAAUGAUCCUGAAGUUUCACGGGAGUUCAUCGGAGAGUUAGAGGACUCCUUGAAUGGUAUAGACAGAUCAGAUUAUCCCUUUGAAUUUUUUAAACCAUUCAAUACACAUGAUUUAUCGGAUGAAGACUUUUUACCCUUCACCAGGGAUUUAAUUGAAAAUGCCAUAAAAUUAAACUGCAAACUAACCUGGAAAGAAGCUAUAGACAAAGAAUCUGAAAUGAUCGCAAGAGCCACCAUAAAAUUUUUAAAUCUACUCCUUUAUCGCAUGCUGGAAUCGCACGAUAUUCCUGUUGGAAAAUUGUUGAGAAAUAGACUAAUUUUACACAGGGAACGAGAUUUAUCCCACAUAUGUUCUUCUUUGCGCAGGUACAUGAACUUUUGGAAGCUUUCAAAGCAACAAUUUUCGGACAUUACUAUUGACGCUGAUGUUGAAGAGUUAAUCUUUGAAUCUAGUACAAAGUAUAGGAUAUAUUGGAGCCUAAAGAAUGACUCACUGUAUAAUAGGAGUAUGCUGGAGAAGCAAACUACACUUCCUUCAGGUUUAAUCUUCAACCCAGAUGAUUUUUAUACUCGCUUAGCAAACAUAUCUGGCGAUAAAAUAGAUUUUGGACACGCAUAUAAAAUCCUAUGCAUGAUAACCCAGGAUGUUACAUAUGAUAAACAAUUUCCUUUUAGCGGGAAAACAAAUGUUUCAAAAAUUGUCUAUUCUGAAUUUGACAUAAUAAGAGAACAGACCAGAGCGUUAUCUGGUGAUAUGGAAACGUUGUAUAGGGGAAGAUGUAAAUGUUUAAUGGCGUUUUUAUAUCUUAUAGGGGUACCUGAUAAGAAGGGAAACCUUGAAUUACCAAACGGUUGGCCUAGGGAUAUUGACAAAGCAAUCCAACUGCUGAUAAAUGGAAUGAGCACACAAUGUGGUCUUUGCAAUGCUCUCUUGGGAUUUCUAUCAGGAAUAGGAUACCCACAAGUUUCUGAUAACAUGUAUUCUUGGGAAACUCAGGGAGAUGGUGAAAGCACAAUUUAUCAACUUUUAUCCGCGAAAAAUAAGGAAAAGGUCAAGAGAAGGCCUUUGCCACCAACGAGCUGGUACUCUAUGGAUUUUUCCAGAAUUUCAAAGAGUGUUAACAAGUCUUUUGCUGGAUUAUAUGAAAAGUUUCACAAGAUGCUACCGAUUUAUAACCCAGUUCAGGAAACACCUGUAUCAUCACCUAGCAGACCAGGGUUUGACGUAACUCUUCUUUCGUAUCUUUCUGGAACAUACAAGAGAGACGAAACGGCUACACUUGCAUAUGCGUACUAUAUUCACAGUGGAAUCGGAAAUUCAUCCAGGUUGUGUGAAAAACACGCACAAUCCGGACUUCCAAGGCCACCUAAAAAGGUAGGAGAAGCUUGUUUGAAUGCGAUACCAUAUGCAAUUGAAGCGGCAAAAUCUGCAAUGGCACGCCACGGUACAUUUCAAGAUGCAAGUGAUGAAUAUAGAAGUAGAAAGUAUGCGGAGUUUAUAAAAAAACUUGCACAAAUGGGUGACGCAGAUGGAUUGCGUGUUUUGGGCGAUUUCCAUUUUUAUGGUCAUGAAGCUGGUGGGAUUGAGAGAGAUCCAGAUCAAGCGCUUUACUAUUGGAGCCAAGCCGCCGAAUCUGGUGAUCCCUCCUCGGCACUAGCAGUAGCCCAUCACUACAUGUCAGGGUUGGACAGUUCGAGAAUGAAUCCGGAAGAUGCGGCAAUGGCAGAACGAUUCUUGCGAAUGAUCACGCGAUCACCAUCACAUGCUGCGACUGCACAGUUCUAUCUUGCCCGUUACGGACUAGGACAGCCUAGAGAUCCAAUAUUGGCUGCUCGUUGGCUAAGAGAAUCUGCAGAUCGUGGAGAUAUAAACUCUCAGGUACUCAUGGGACAUGCAUUUUCUGGUUUACUUCCGGACGUGACACCUCUAGAAGGAAGAAAUGUUUUUAUGUCAUUUUACUAUUAUAGGCGCGCUGCUAAAAAUGGGAACAUUAUAGGAAUGUACAAUUCUGCUGUUUUCACUUUACAUGGCUAUGACCUGGAAAGAACCUCUGCAAUUGACAGGUGCAAUGAAGCCUAUACGCUCUUUACCAAGGUUGCCAGAAUGGGCACAAUUCCCCUAGCGUUAAAGGUCCUGGGCGCUCGUGCUCGUCAUUUGGAGGAUUAUAGUGGAUAUACACUUUCUAGCAUGUUCCUUUCGGAACUUGGAGAUCCAGAUGCACACAAGGAAGCAGCAAUGAUUUUUAAGAAUAACAAAUCACUUUGUUAUGCACCAGAGGAUUAUAGUUUUGAUACAAUGCAGACCCAAAACAGGGACUCAGAGACUGCCAUCUCUGAACUAGCUAGCAUGCCAUCAAAUUACAAUAUCCCAUGUAGCUGUUACUACUAUUAUAGCAGGCGUGGAGCUCAUAGCGAUUCUAACAAAACACCACUUUUGUUGGCUGAAGCAUUACUUAGUGGAUCACCAUGGAAACCUGCAGAAGCUAUAAAAUUCGCAAAGGAAUCCAGUGAUUCAAAGGGUGUUUACAUGCAUGCAACCAUGCUUGAAGCCGGACUUGGCGCUCCAAAGAAUUGCGAUGCUGCUUUUGAGUUGUUUCAAACACUUUUGGAUUCACAACACAAGAGUGAACGAAUGCUUGGUCUAAUGUGUAUAUUACGUUCCAAGAUUUUGUAUAGGCUAAAGGGAUUCCCCUCACUUUAUACAACGGCACUAGAGCUGUCGUAUGACCAUUAUGUCAUUCCUACAAUGAACAAGGCUGACUAUAUACCGUGCGACUUUCCAUUGAUAAAACAGACUCAAGCGUUUAGGGGUAUCGGCGUUAUUAGCACAGUCUAUAUCGCACUGCUGUUUUUUGUUAUUUACAUGGUAGCAAAGGUUAGAUGA